CCGGCAGAGAGGGAAGCAGAGAUGAGCGGCGGAGCGUAUGCUACACCGACAGACUCCCCCCAUGACGCCAGCGGGCUUUAACUAUGAACAUCUAACAGAUUACAUCCGCUGUGCUCAGCUUUCAUUUUUUAUUUUUCUUUGACUGAUUCUUGAAGUCAUCUGAACAGGAUGGGAGAUGAGACUCGUGGUGAAACAGAGCUCUGCGCCUGAUUCAAAGCAGUCCGCCAGCGUUCAGCGGUGCGUCGAGGUUGUCCGGAACACGGAGCGCACUGCUCAGAGCCGCACCAGCUCAACUGUGAACUGAAGACAAUUGCUUCUCUCUUGCUAAAGCACAUUCAUUUCUGCUGGAUUCUGGUCUAAAGGAAGACGCAAUGAGGGCUCUCUCAGCAAACUUGUUCGCCCUGCUCUUAGUGUGCGCCCUUGCAAGUGUUUUUUAUGUGUGGAGCGCGCUGGAGAACCACUUGGAGCGACACAAACGGGACUUCUCAGUCCCGGGCAGGGGGUCCUUUCAUCAAGGUCCUUCAGAGGACCUUUCUGCCAAAACUUUUCGAGCGCUGCUUGCUGUUCCAGCUGCACAAAGGCAUAACUCGGGGGCCAGAUCGGAGGGUCAAAACCUCACCAAUACUUCUGCCUUCAUGGGAACUCGGGAUUAUCAUGUGAAUGGGGAUGAUGAGAGGUCGGCGCAACGGGAGGAUCCGGUCAAGUUAGGCUCCCCAGUGGAUGAUAGAAUAUUCUGGAGCGACUGGCUGGAAGAUCUCCUCCCUGUGAGAUUCACGGAGGGAUACGCUGAGGUUUGGAGGAACAAGGCAAGGGCAUCACCGGUGGUGAAGCUGGAGCCUGGAUGCGGCAGGAUAUCCAAUCAGCUGGCCACGUUUUCCGACGGGACUAAAGCCUGUGUGCGCUACGGGAUCAACGCGGACCAGGUGCAGGGCGAAACUCUGACAUAUUACCUGGCAAGUUUGCUGGGCAUCACAAAUCUGCCUCCGCUUGUACUGUCCCAUAUCAGCGACAGUGCGCAAUGGGCAGCUGUGAGAACACGGAUAAAUGAUUUACAGUGGAGUGAUCGGGCUGUUGUGUCUCUCACAGAGUGGAUCUCCAACCUGACCGGAGUGGUCACACCUGCGCCCCUCAGACAAGAGAGUAGUGGGCUGCAUCCUGCGCUCAAGUGGCUCGAGAACAAAACUACGGCGGGGCUGUUGGAGCUGAUGCAGUGGAGCGACCUGAUUGUGUUCGACUACCUGACUGCGAACUUCGACAGACUCGUCAGCAAUCUGUUUAGCCUGCAGUGGGACCCGCAUGUGAUGGAGAGAGACACGAACAACCUCCUGAAAACGCCCUACGGGGACCUGGUGUUCAUAGACAAUGAAGCUGGACUUGUGCACGGCUUUCGGGUGUUGAACAUGUGGGAGAAAUAUCACCAUUCAGUCUUGAGUUCUGUGUGCGUGUUUAGGAAAAGGACCACGCAGCGCGUGGCGGAGCUGCACAGGCACAGAGACUCCAGGCGAAGGCUGCUGGAGCUUUACAGAGACAGCGAACCUUUGUCUCAGGAACUAGGGUUUCUCUCAGACGAGCACGCUGCUGUUCUCCAGGACAGGAUAGACCGAUUGUACAAACACAUCCUGCACUGCAAAGGAAAAUACAGUCAGCUGUGAACAGUCAGACAGGUGAUAGAUAGGUAUGGCAAGCCACUGAUGCCAAAAAUAUCUGCAUUUCUCAUAAGUCAGGCCACAAUAAAAUCUGAAAACCCUUCCAAAAAAACAUAUUUGAGUGGCGUUUUGAAUGCCUUCUUCUAAACCGUUUUUUUUUUUUUUCAGGUAACAGGAUUUUAUUUUAUAUCAGGGAGCUGAUCUUAAUGAAGUUGUCCCCCACAAACUUCAAAUUUAACAAAAGCGGUGCUAAACUUAUGUGUUCAACCCGAUAUAAAUAUUAAAAGUUUACAGAGAUCAGCAGAUGUCCCCCAAAACAUUAUCUAAAUCAAUGAACGUUGGUGUCAACAGUUGUGCUACGUUUGUGCUGCUUUUGUUAUAAAGAAAAUCAUAACUUUCAUUAAUGUAUUUAUAACCGAAGCAACUGCUGUAAUGAAGACAUAAGUGGUGGGAAAAAGGUUGUUUAAUGACCAGAUAGAUCACUGAUAGAUCAAUGACUGGAAAAAAACAUACAGAAAAUAUGGUGUUCUGGUGGCGGUUUUGCAAACUUUUAUGAUGUCCUGUUAUUAAACAUUGAGUUUUGCAUAAUUUCUUCACCUGAGAGGUGGGGAAUGGCAAGCCAUUGUUUGGCCCUAAUGGAAUGCCACAGCUUGUUUGCACGGUAUGAUGAGCUUUGCAAAAUUAAUGGUUGUUACGCUGAUUUGAAUAUCCAACUGAACUACCUCUUGUAAAUAAAAUGUGUUGCCUACUUUAAAUAUAAGUCAAGUUUGAAAAAAAUGUUCAUAAGCUUCUCGCUGAGAUUGCUAUGCCUCUAAGAGAGGAGGUAAUAUGGCCAAUUUAAGUUAUUUAUUUUUCUUAAUUUGCCGAACAUUUGCUCACCUGAAUACGAACAAAUGUAAAGAUUAUAUGCUGUAGACCUGUUUGUGACUAGAGUACCAUAAUACAGUCCUUUAAAGAGAUAGCUCAUAUGUUUUACAUUGAUGUUCUGUUUAAAGCUUAUAAGCAGGUAAUAUCUUAGAUGUAAUAGAUAACUUUUUACUGUCUUCAAUUUGCAAAAAUAACAAUUUGUAUUUUCUGGAUGUUGAAGCUAUAAUGGAUACUUAGAGAAGAGCCAAGAUCAAAGUGGAAUAGUACUGUUUUAAAAAACUCAACUCUCAAAAAUGUCAUUGUAGAAUAUGCAAACUCUCUUUUAUGAACAUUUUAAUUGCAUUAAUGUCUGCAUGGGGCAGUUAUUAAGAUGAAAGCUGAUGAUUCUUUACACUUGAAAUGGAGCUUAGAGGACGUGCACUUCCCCAUCAAAUGCAUGCUGAGAAUAAAGCAUGUUACAGUUUUUCUGUCAGAGUAACUAUCUGAUAGAUAAGAAUGUUGAAUGUUUUUGAUGACGAGGGAAAACGAGUUCAUUUGAUUUGUAGGUUUCAUUCACAUAAGUGAAAGUGCUUUACAGGAAAAUAAAGGAACAAAGGUAAAGGUAAAAUCUACAUUAAAACCAGAAAUUAUAUGAAAUAACAUAAUAGUAAUCUUAUCCACUGAUAACAAAAGGAUGCUUACUCAGUGACUGUGGGCAUCUGUGUAGUGAAACAGAAAACUAAACUUGUGUGUAAUGAGCAUACGUAUGUUUGGAUGGGUUGUACUGGAAUUCUAAUUUCCCCUCGGGGAUCAAUAAAGUAACUUUGAAUUGAAUUGAAUUGAAUUGAAAGAGAAAUUGUUAUACUCCAUAAUCUGAGCCUAGGAGAGCAUAUAUAGCUGUUUAGUUAAAGUGGCAUAAAAUGGAGCCUUGAGGAACUCACAUUAUCUUUGUUCAUUCAGAAAUAUAAUUACCAAAUAACGCAAAGUUGUCCCGCUCUGCCAAGUAAGAUUGAACCAACAUUAAGGCAUUAGUUUCUUUUGGCUCCUCUCUGACUUGUUUCAUAAAGAAAAUUGAGACACUAUAAAAGUUUCAUACUGCACAUAGGAUAUUACCUGCUUAUGAACUUUUACCCAAACAUCACUUAAAAAAAUCUAAACUGUCCCUUUAUUGCCUGUUUGAAUUGUCGCCUUGUCUUCAAAUAUCCAAGUGACAUAUGCCUUAACCUAUGUUGAUUCUUCUACAGUAUUGUACUUCUGUUGACAUCUAGUUCUCAUUUUAUAGACCGUAAUUUGCACACACUGUAAUAAAUAGCUGCACUCUUGUUAAUGUGUUUUAAAAUUCAGCCUUAAAACUUACAGGUGUGUCAUAUCUAUUGUGCAUUUGCUAUGUAUGUUGUAAAUAAUGUCUGGCAACAGGUUUUGAUGCUAAACUGAUUCAAUGUGCAAUGUAACAUUCCAAAAUUGUGUCCUUUUUUUGAGAAAAAAAAAUACACGAAACUUAUUUUACACAGUGUAUUUUGUACACAAAAUGUAUCCAAAGGCAUUAAAACCAGUGUUGUUCUA